AUGCCAAAUGGAGUGCCAGUAAAUGGUCUGCCUCAAGGCGUGAUCAACGUGAUCCAUAGAAUCAUUGAGCCUGAGCGAGUCUGCAAGCUCAGAGGAAUGAUAAAUAAAGGCGGAGCACAUGAGGGUGUGCUAAGUGUUCAACCGACCUUGAAAAAAGAGAGGACAAAAGCAAAAAAUGUGAUCUCUUUCUCUGAUAGGGACCUAGCAAGGUUGCAGAACCCCCAUAACGAUGCGUUGGUGGUUACCUUAUGCGUCAAGAAUUUUUAUAUCAAAAGGAUCUUGAUCGGUGAAGGGAGUUCAUAUGAAAUCAGGUACCACGAAACCUUCAAGCAAUUACAGUCGAAUGACAGAGACUUGGCACCAAACACGUCUCCAGAAUGGCCAGUUGGCAAGAUUAUUCUGCCGAUCAAAGCUAGCUUGAUAGUCAAACGAGUGGAGUUCUGGGUUUUGAAAGUCUCAUCCACUUAG